AUGUCUGGGUUGCCCGUAGCCAGUAUCAAAGAACUCUCUGAGAAGCAUCCCAAACCAUCGGACAUCAAGUUCACCUAUGGAACCGCAGGCUUCAGAACGCUAGCGAGUGUUCUUGACUCCGUUUUGUUCAGAGUCGGUAUCCUUGCUGGCCUGAGGAGCAAGAAACUGGAUGGAAAGACGAUUGGGGUUAUGGUAACAGCUUCCCAUAACCCAGAGCAGGACAAUGGUGUCAAACUAGUCGACCCAAGAGGCGAAAUGUUGGAAUCUUCUUGGGAAAGUCACGCCACGACGCUGUCCAAUGCGUCUUCCACGGACGAGUUCAUCAGCGCCCUCGAAGCGUUCGUGCGAGAUGCUAAGAUUGACCUUUCCAAACCGGCGAGGGUAGUAUACGCGAUGGACACGCGCCCGUCUGGCCCAGCGUUAGUGUCGGCGCUCGAAGAUGGCCUGCGUGCUAUUGGUGCCGACGGACGGAAUGCAGGAGUGACCACUACUCCGAUUCUCCAUUACCUAGUGCGCGCGAUCAACACGAAGGGUACAGCUGAAGCGUACGGCGACGAUAGCGAGGACGGUUACUACACCAAACUGACUAACGCCUUCAAGAAGCUUGUGUCUGCGAAGCCAACUCCAUCGCCGCUGCUCAUUGACUGCGCGAACGGCGUGGGUGCCAAUGCUGCUAAGAAGCUUGCUGAGUACCUUGGAGAUACGUUUUCGCUCGUGCUGGAGAACACGUCCAUAACCGCGCCGGGCGCACUCAACAACGCUUGUGGUGCAGACUUCGUGAAGACAACGCAAAAGCUUCCUUCGUCACUUUCCAAUAUAAUCAAACCCGGACAACGUGGUUGCAGCUUGGACGGAGAUGCGGAUCGCUUGAUGUACUUCCAUCUGGAUGACCGUGGUCAAUUCCGCAUGCUAGAUGGCGAUAAAAUCGCCGCACUUGUGGCUGCAUUUAUCGUCGAACUUGUCAAAGCAGCCGGUCUGGACGAAAGUAUCAAAGUUGGCGUGGUUCAAACAGCUUAUGCGAACGGAGCAUCCACGAAGUACCUCGCAGAGCGCCUUCCUGUGAAAUGCGUUUCUACAGGCGUUAAGCACCUUCAUCAUGCUGCUGAGCAUUAUGACGUGGGCGUUUACUUCGAGGCAAACGGUCAUGGGACUGUCCUGUUCUCACCUGAUACCUUGGCUAAACUCGCUGACUACCAGCCCUCGACACCUGCUCAGUCUACAGCAGUGGAGCAUCUCGUGAAUCUCACACAGCUCAUUAAUCAAACAGUCGGCGAUGCGUUGUCGGAUAUGCUCCUUGUCGAAGUCGUCCUCGCCCACAAAGCCUAUGGCGGUCUAGAAUGGGAUUCCCUAUAUGUGGAUCUGCCAAAUCGGCUCGUCAAGGUCGUCGUAGCAGACAGGCAUAUCUUCAAGACCGUGGAUGCUGAGAGGCGGUUGACCAGUCCUGUAGGUCUACAGGACAAGAUCGAUUCCCUGGUCGGUAAAUAUGAGGGCGGUCGGUCAUUUGUUCGGCCCAGCGGAACGGAAGACGUCGUCAGGGUGUACGCAGAAGCUGUGGUGAAAUCUCAAGCAGAUGAACUGGCUUUCCGGGUCGCCGGAUUGGUUUACGAUGAGACUGGAGGCGACCCCGCCACACGUCCUAAGGAAUUCUUGUGA